AUGAUGUCUAGAUUCAGAUAAUUCUAUAUAUAUCCAUCAUAGCAAUUGUCAAACAAUUACGAUAAAGAUAAAGAUAGAGAGAGAGAACGAGAGAGAGAAAGAGGCAGAGAGAGAGAAAAGGAAAGAGAAAGAGAAAGAGAAAGAGAGAGAGAAAGAGAGAGAGAAAGAGAAAGAGAAAGAGAGAGAGAAAGAGAGAGAGAAAGAGAAAGAGAAAGAGAAAGAGAGAGAGAAAGAGAAAAAGAGAGAGAAAAGGAAAGAGAAAGAGAGAGAGAAAGAGAGAGAGAAAGAGAAAGAUAAUGGAAGAAAUAACAACAGCAAUAUAAAAGAGAAGAAGCACACUUAAAAAAGAUUGAUAGAAAAAAAGAAAAGAAAUAUCCUUUAUCAAGAAGAUCAAUAAUUCUAGUAAAAUUAGAGAUUUAUUAGAAUAGAAAAGAAGAAAAAUUAGGAGAGAAAGCGCUUCAAGUUAAUCAUUUAAUUCUUCAUCCUCUUCAUCUUCUAGUAGAAGUUCUAGUAGCAGAAGUAGCAUUAGAUCUUCUUCCUCUUCACAAUCAGAUGAUAAAAAAUAAACAAACUAAAAAUAGAAAAAUAUGUGCUUAAGUAGUUCUUCAAGAGACUCUUCACAAUCAGAUUAUCAACAAUAAAAAAACUAAAACUAGAAAAAGAUAUCCUCAACUAGUUCUUCAAGAGACUUUUUACAAUCUAACUAUAAAAAAUAAACAAAUUAAAAUUAGAAAAAGACAUCUUCAAGUAGUUCUUCAAGUGAUUCUGAUAGUUCAUCAUGA